AUGGCUUUCGACACGCCCCUGACGCGGAAGUUGGGGAUCAGGGUCCCCGUCGUCCAGGGUGGUCUGCAAUGGGUGGCAUACGCCGAGCUUGCCGCCGCCGUCAGUAACGCUGGCGGUCUGGGGAUCAUCAACGCCUUGACGCAGCCGGACCCGGAGCACCUUCGACAGGAGAUCCGAAAGACGCGGUCGUUGACGUCGAAGCCCUUUGGCGUCAACCUCACCCUGCUGCCCGCCCUCAACCCGCCCGACUAUCCCGCGUUCACCCAGACGAUUAUCGACGAGGGUGUGACGAUUGUCGAAACCGCAGGCAACAGUCCCGGCCCUGUCAUCAAGAAGUUGAAGGAGGCUGGCAUCACAGUCAUCCACAAGGCCACGACCAUCCGACAUGCGAAAGCGGCCAUCCGACUCGGCGUGGAUAUCUUGUCGAUAGACGGGUUCGAAUGCGCCGGCCACGUUGGAGAGUCCGACAUUGCGUCUCUGAUCUUGAACAGUCGUGCGCGUCAGGAACUGGGCAACACGCCCUUCAUCGCGUCUGGCGGGUUUGCCGAUGGGUACGGGUUGAUGGCCGCCCUCAGUCUGGGGGCCGCGGGGAUCAACAUGGGCACGCGGUUCAUGUGCACGGUCGAGGCGCCCAUCCACCUGAAUGUCAAGGAGGCCAUCGUGAAGGGAGACGAGCACCAGACCACCCUCAUCCUGAGGAGGUGGAAGAACACCAGCCGCAUGUACACCAACCAGAUGACGGCCAAGACGAUUGAAAUCGAAUCCACGAGCACGACGGGGGAGUUUGCGGAGGUUGCGCCGGUGGUGAGCGGUGCUCGAGGCCGGGAGGUUCUUACGGGCGGCGAUAUUCAACACGGGGUCUGGUACGCUGGGCAAGUGAUGGGCCUUAUCUACGACAUCCCAACGUGUGCAGAGCUCAUUGCACGCAUUGAACGGGAGGCUGGGGAGGUCUUGUCUAAUCUCUCGAAAUCGGUUGCGAGUCAGCGACAGCCUGCUCAGAGCAAGUUAUAG